AUGGCAUCGGAAAAUGGAGGCAGCACAGAUGUACUGAUGCUGGAGGCGCCGCCUCAGUCGGCCGUGGCUCCUCAAGCUGAAAUUAUAGAUGCUCUGCCUUACAUUGACGACGACUAUGGCAACCAAGUGGUCAAAGAGGAGGUUGACCGAUUGAUUGAAGAGGAGAUGCGCCGCAGCUCAAAGAAGCCUUCUGAUUUUCUCAAAGAUCUUCCCCCUCUGCCCAAAUCCAAUUUUCAGGAUCAUCCAAUGCUUGCUAGGGAAUACGAGAGGGUUAGAGCUGGGAAACCUCCAGCACCUAUAGAUACAUCCAGAUAUGGACUUGAAUUACCGCCUUUAAACAGGCGUAAUGAUGAGACUGCUUGGCAGCAGGCCCUCCAGAAAUCCCAGCGUUUAUUGCAGCAUCAAGUCAUCAGGCUUGAAAAUCUAGAGUUGAUGUCGAAGCACGGCCCUGAGGUUUGGAAGUUGUAUAAUCAGCAGCUGGAGGCAUUCUCGUCGAGAAUGCAAGCCCAAGUUCUGGAGCUUUAUAGACAGAUCGAAUCCGUAAAUCGAGAGAGGAAGUAUCACCAGCAAAAUACUGCGUACGAGCUCAAUGCUUUAUCCACACAAUGGAGGGAGCUUUGUUUGAAGAACAUUGAAAUCCAAGCCGCAUGUGCUCAAAUUGAAACUUCUAUUAAAGAGCUAAAGCGUGAAGCUGCUGAACGGGGCUGGAAUUUGGACGAUAAUAUUGAGAACGGUCCUAUUACUGCUGCUGAAAAAUGA